AGAUAGAUAAUAUUAUUGAACAAGGUUAAAGAUUUAACUAGAUCAAGUUAGUGAAAAUAGGAAAAUGUUAUUAGAAGCCUUAGAAAUAUUACAAUCUGCUGGUGAAGAUGAAAAUACCUAUGUUACCGAUUUUGCCUUAUAUAAGGUCAUUUAUAUAUUAACUGUUUAUGGACCAAUAUUUAUGGCUACUUUUCUGCUAUCUCAAGAAUAUUUAGGGGAGAAGAUAGCCUGUUUCCCUCCUGAGAAUUUUACAGACUCUCAAGCGGAUUCUGUAAAUGAGUUUUGUUGGAAUGGUGGAUUUUGUAGUAGUUCUGCCGAGGAAUUACAAGCUUUAAAGCAAGGAGUAAACGUUAGAACACUGUUUAGCCAACCGCAUAGAUACUAUCCAUUAUAUCUACCUUUACAAGCUUUAGUUAUGAUGUCACCAAUUAUCAUUUGGAAUGUUUUAACAAAAUCAAAGUUAUUAGCUAUUUUAAGGGCGACAGAGGAAUUUCUUGAAGAUUUAACAUCAAUUGUUCAAGACAAGGAUGAUAAGGAUACCAUUAAAUCUAGAGCCACGUCCCUUAUCAAACAAUUUCAUAAUACUUGCAUCUCAGCGUCGGAAGAUACCCAAUUGGCAAAAAUUUUAAUGAUACGUAUCGGAUGGGAAUUCUGUUUAAUAGUUGGGGGUAUUUUCUUACAGUUUAAAGUUUUCAAUCACAAUCCUAAGCAAUUUCAUUGCUAUCUUCCGAUGUUUAUUGAUGAGGAAAUAACUUGCACAGUACCAGUUUUAGAUUUAUUAGAUGUUAUUUGGAGUAUUGCUGUUGCUUGCUUAGUCUUAGCGCUUGGCCUAAAUUUGAUGUUUGCUUACAUAACUAUGAAGAUGCAUUUUGAAAUGUUUCAGCCAUUAUUCUUUAAUAGUCUACCAUACGGUGAUCAAGACGAUUUUAACGAAGAUAUUCAAUGGUCUGACAACUUUAUACAGCAUUCAUACGAGCUGUUAGUGAUGAUUUUCGAAGAAAAUAAUGCAGUUAUGACAAAAGCCUUUGUUCUUUCGGCAAUGAAACCUCCAAACCAGGCAGUGGAGCAGGAAAAAAAGGUUAGGAAACUUUUACAGUCUAGAAAAAAAAUUGAACAAAACAAUUCCGCAAACUUAACAGGACCAGUAGAGAAGAGAAUCUUUAAAACUGAGAGGCACCUACAGCCAAGAUGCACUUGUCGAGAUAAUAUUAAACCUACUAUGGAUAACCGCAUAAUGGAUAAUAUUGAUUUGGCAAUUUUUGAUCCAACUUUAUCCUCAAACACCGAAGAAAAUAACAUUGAAACUGUUGUUAAAAGUCAGGAAGAUCUGCUCAAAAAAAUUGAAAUUAUCUCCAAUAAGAACAGAAAUGAUAGGAUUGAUAAAAAUUCUUUCAAUGAAUAUCAAGUAAAUUUUGACGACGUGGAGAAAAAGGAAGAAAAUGCCAAAAGUUUAUUUGAUUUGUCGAUGGAGAAAGAGAUAAACAACUUUGAAUCAGCUUUAGAUAGUAGAUCGAACGAUCCGUGGGGAAACAAUUCAGGAUCAAAUGAGAAAAGCGACGAAAAUCCUUUUGAGGAUGAUAAAUUCGAAAGUGAAACCAAUUCUGAAUUCAAUCCAUUCGCAACCAUCACUGAAGAUAGUGAACCUUUCAAUCCUUUUCAAACUAUUCGAGAGGAUGAUAGCAAGUUAUCGUUUAACGAUUUUGAACAUUCAAUGCCGAUUGUUAAAAUUGGAGAGAAUGUUGUCGAAACCAAACGUCAAACGAUUAUACCGCUUUUACCGCCUCCGCCUAAAGUAAGCAGGGAACCUACGAUAUCAGAUGACGAGGAGACUGAAACAAUGAAUGAUAGUGAGUCGGACGCCGGUCAGAAUAUUAGGGAAAAUCCUUUUAAUAAAGAAUUAUCGGUUGACGAACAGAAAUAUGCCGAUUUUCAAUCGAUGAUUGAGGCAAAACAUAAAAUUACAGAAAAACUACAAGGUACAACAAGCCUUAAAGUAGAGGACGAAGGGGAGGAGGAGGCUUUAGCCCCAUUUUAUAUUCCAUAUACAGGAAAUGGAUGGAAGAUGCUUUUAAGAAUGCCAAUGAAAAAGAAAAUGACUGGAAAUAGAUAUUGGAAAGAAUGUUUUGUUAAAAAGAGAAUUGUCAAUAAUAUUCCAACAGUUACUAUUUACGAGAAGGAAAAUACUCAGAUUAUAUGUGAAAUAGACUUGAAGCCAACAUAUCAACUUAGUGAUAUGAAUCUUGAAGCCUUUGAUCAAUUCGGAAAAUGUCAUACUAUAAAACUAUAUAGUGUCCUUUAUAGAGAACGUCUUGGGGUAAAGGCUGAACGAAUAGCACCAACUUUAGGAGAUAUCGUCCGGGUUAAAGAUUUAAAAGGUUUAAAGGAUUUGGUACAUAAACCAAAAACUACAAUGAUAUUCGAUCAACACGCUCAGAAUAGUGAAUUAGUGAAAUUAGGAUGCCUAGAUUAUGAAUCAAUUAAAACUUUUAGCCGGCAAAUAGAAGAUGAAAUGAUGAAACUUCAACCUCUGGAAACUGCAAAUCGUCAAUCUUAUACAACAAAUGAAAUUACAAUAGAAGUAAUUGAUGAAUAUUUUGCUCAGUUGGAUACCGAGAAUCGUAUAGAAUUUCAUAAAUCAAGAGUUAGGGUUUUUUGUCUCUCCUUUUUAAAUGGUGAUCCCUAUUGCGAAAUAGGAAUGAACGAUAGGAGUAGACAAGGUAAGGAGGUUGUUGGUAGGAAAGACAUCAUUCCAAUAAAAACAGAGGAAUGGAUCAAUAUUGAACAAAUGGAAUUUCAUGUGCUUGUUGACCUUGACGAAUACGAAAAAACUAGAUUAAUUAAAUUUAAACCGAUGGAUGCUGUUCGAUUUGAAUUAUUUAGGUUUAGGACAAGACAACAGUUGAACAAAGAGCUACCUCUUCAAGUUAGAGUAUCCCUUAUGAUUACUGAUGAAAAGGCUGAAAUGAGAUGCGAAGCGGUUGUCUCACAAUUUUGGACAAUGUCUAGGAAAGCUAACCAAACGCCUUGCCAGGACAUUUGCAUAAGGUUGCCGAUUCCGGACGCUUGGGUCUAUAUGUUUAGAGUUGAAAAGAGGAAAUGGAAUUUUCACCAAUCAGUCGGUUCAGUUCAUUCAACUAUAAGGAAACCAGGAAAAAUUAAGGGAUUAGAAAGACUAAGCCAAUUGGCUCAAGGUCUCUUAGAGCCAUCUUUAAUAGAAGUUUCGUGCGGUCAGGCGAAAUAUGAAAAUAUAUUUAAAGCUCUCGUCUGGAGGAUCGAACAAUUGCCGAGAAUCAAUGAGGGAGCCUACAAACAACAUUUAUUAACUUGUACAAUGGAUUUUGGACCACAUGAUAUUAUACCAGAUUCUUUUGAUAAGCAGGCGUCAGUGGAAUAUCAUCAGAGCGACUCGUGCGUUUCUCUGGCUCAAGUCCGUUCUAUAGGCGUAUCUAGCCAGGACACAACCGAUAAAUGGGUUAAGUACACUGCUAAGUAUGAGUAUCGAGUAGAAAUUGAUAUUGAUAGAAAGACAAACAAGAGUGGUCUUGUGGAAAAGUUGGGAACAUCUAGUGAUGAAGAGGGAUCGGAUACGGACUUGAAAUAG